AUGUACUUACCUUUUGCACGUGGACUUCUUAUUCUAGUUAUCGUUCUUGGCCAAGAGGUGUUUGCUCGACCGGCAACAGGUAAACCCAAGCAACUUCUAAAGUCUCAUCCAAGUUUAUACCGACGACAAGAAGUCGUCGCUGUUCCGCCCGUGGCGACAUCAAUACUUGAAGGACCUUACCUUCCUCCUGCAAAUGCAGAAAAUGAGUUGCUUGUUGGACCUACCGGUGUACCAAGUCCUCUGCAUCGCGGCUAUCCGUCGUUUCCUGGACCUCACAUCUCACAUUUGUUUCCCUACGGCUCCUACGCUAGAUUUCGUGGAUUUUACCCUCAUCAGAGCUACUAUCCCAUGAUACCCUGGGGACUUCAUCAUGGUUAUACUCACUGGCCUCAUAUGCAGGCUUCAGGACCAGUUUUCCUAGCAGAUCCAAAUGACGGGAUGUAUCAGGAGCCUGUCACUGGGACUAUGAUUCCCCGACCGAUAAUACCUCCACAGUAUCCAGGAUUCUAUAUGAAUCACGCUGUUGAAAUGUACAGACAUAAUCAUCUUGGACCAAUGUUUCUUGGAGGGCAUGGGGCAAGAAUGUAUCCCGUUGAUGUUACCAACGUGGAAGAUCAAAUUUUAGACAAUUCAGCGAAUUUACACAGCUCCCCAAUUGAGGAUGUCGCUCAUAAAAUGGAAGAGAUUAGAGAGGAAACUGAACUUGAACGACAGAAACUAAUGGAAGCAAUAAAACUAAAAUCUGCGAAGAAGAAAGUACAAAAGCAGUAGCUCGUGGACAUUAAUAAGCGCCUUCAGAUAAAAUAUCAUGUUCAUGAAAACUAUAUGUCAGUGAGUCCUCAACCAAAUAUUCUGGUUCACAAUGAUGGGAGAAACUAGCUUUAGAACUACUCUCGUUAUGGAUAGGCUUCGAGAUUCUUCUUGUUUUUUUCUUUAUUCUUACUUUCUGCGGCCAGCGGCUACUCCUUCUCCUUCUACUUCUCACUGACCUCUAAUUACUUUUUACUGCCUUCUACUGCUGUUAAGUAAAACUCUAAAGAAA